GGAAUGUCUCUCUCCAGCAAGCUCCACCUGGAUAAGGUGGACGUGAAGGGCAAGCGGGUGGUCAUGAGGGUUGAUUUCAAUGUCCCAAUGAAGAACAACAAAAUAACCAACAACCAAAGAAUCAAGGCAGCUGUCCCAUCCAUCAAGCAUUGUUUGGACCAUGGAGCCAAGUCUGUGGUACUGAUGAGUCACCUCGGGCGACCUGAUGGAGUCCCUAUGCCUGACAAGUUCUCUCUGGAGCCAGUGGUAGAAGAACUCAAAGCAUUGUUGGGCAGGGACAUCUUGUUCCUAAAAGACUGUGUAGGUCCAGAGGUGGAAAAGGCCUGUGCUGAUCCUCCAUCUGGUUCAGUCAUUCUCCUGGAGAACCUCAGGUUCCAUGUAGAAGAGGAAGGAAAAGGGAAAGAUGCUUCAGGGAACAAGAUCAAGGCUGAUUCUGCCAAGGUCGAUGCUUUCAGGGCCUCGCUUUCUAAACUAGGAGAUGUUUAUGUCAAUGAUGCUUUUGGAACGGCACACAGAGCUCACAGUUCCAUGGUAGGGGUGAACCUGCCACAGAAAGCAGCUGGUUUCCUGAUGAAGAAAGAACUGGAUUACUUUGCAAAAGCUCUUGAGAAUCCAGAACGUCCCUUCUUGGCAAUCCUUGGAGGAGCUAAAGUUCAGGAUAAGAUUCAGUUGAUCAAUAACAUGCUGGAUCAGGUCAAUGAGAUGAUUAUUGGAGGCGGAAUGGCUUUCACCUUCCUCAAAGUGCUCAACAACAUGGAGAUUGGCAAUUCUUUGUUUGAUGAAGAAGGGUCAAAAAUAGUCAAGGACUUGAUGUCCAAAGCGGAGAAGAAUAAAGUGCGAAUCACUUUGCCCGUUGACUUUGUCACUGCAGAUAAAUUUGAUGAGAACGCCAACACUGGAGAAGCCACAGUGGCCUCUGGGAUUCCUGCAGGAUGGAUGGGUUUGGAUUGUGGUCCUAAAAGCAUCAAGCAGUUUGUUGAAGCUGUGGGCAGAGCCAAGCAGAUUGUUUGGAAUGGUCCUGUUGGUGUGUUUGAGUGGGACAAGUUUGCCAAAGGAACCAAAGCUGUGAUGGAUAAGGUUGUUGAAGUUACAGGAAAAGGCUGUAUCACCAUCAUUGGUGGGGGAGACACUGCUACAUGCUGUGCCAAAUGGAACACUGAAGACAAAGUUAGUCACGUGAGCACUGGUGGUGGGGCCAGCCUGGAACUUCUAGAAGGUAAAGCUCUUCCUGGAGUAGCUGCUCUGAGCAAUGUGUAAUGGCUAGAAUCUGAGAUGAGUAAGAACCCCUUCCCUAGGACGUUCCUGCACAUCCAGCCCUUCAAGCAGCUGCUACAACGCUUCAGUAUCUGUGCAAGAGGCAGAUCCCAAAAUGUAAACUGGAAGCAAAAAGGAAUGAGGAAGAGGUUAAGAUGGCUCAAUUUUAGGGAGUCUGCAGUUUA